CUGAGAUUGAUCCCGAUUCACCUCCGCUACGCCUCGUUUCCCUCCGCCAUCAUUGAAGUUCGCAAUGGCCGACGAGCCCUCGUCUGGUGCCACUAGGACCAAGAGGAAGGGCGCUGCGCUAUCUUGUGCGGAGUGCAGAAGGCUCAAGUUGAAAUGUAGCCGCAUAUUUCCCUGCACGAAUUGCGUGAAGAAGGGAUGUGGUGCCAUCUGCCCAAACGAUUCUUUGACCACCGGUAAAGGGAACCGGUUUGUUCUCGCCAACACCGAAGACUUGCACGAGAAGAUACAACAACUUGCCCUCCGCGUUCGGACGCUCGAAGACGCUCUGGCUGAAUCGCAUUCCCUCAACGAUCCCCAUAAUCCUCAUCCUCUCCUCGCCAAUGAGCUCCUUCAAAUCAAGCGUCCCCUCGAGCGCGAGCGGAAGUCCGAGCCCAAUCCUGUACCUGUGGACGAGGAUACGAAAGUCACAACAGCCGCGAUGGGCUCCCUGGCAAUAACCGAGUCAGGACGCUCGACCUUCUUUGGCACGACUGCGAACUCUUGGUAUCUCCUGCAAGAUGACAACUCUGACGAGGAGAGACCAGCCAUCGUAGCUACUGAUAACUACUUCGACCCGAGCAUCCCACCCGAGGUCGCGUGGCUCCAGCACGCCUUCCCCUUUGCUGGGCGUGCGCCUGAAGAAGCCAAGCAGCACAUACUCGCCGCUCUUCCCUCUGUUGACGAGGCCCAUCGCCUCUGCGACAUAUACUACCGACAUGCGGCUUGGAUGUACACUCCCAUUGGCGAGACCGACUUCUACGACGCCAUCUUCCGACCUGCAUACUAUCCGCCGCCGGUUUCCCCCUACGACGCUUCGCCGCCGCCCGAGCCGUCCGCGCACGAGGUCGCCGUGCUAUGUAUGGCACUCGCCAUGGGUACGCUCCUCGACCUCGACCAACAGCCGUUCAAUUCUGCUGCAAAUAAGUGGUACCAGCUGGGCCGUGCAGCCCUCUCCAUUGACUCUGUUCUGGAUGAGCCGACGAUCGCCGCUACGCAGGCACUCCUCAUCAUGUGCCAUUACAUGUUCUUGGCUAAUAAGGAGGGCCGUUGGGUGGUCAUGGGUAUUGUCGUCAAGUUGACGCAGAGCUUGGGCUUGCACCGCGACAGCGGACGCUGGAACUUGGACCCGAACGAGGCACAGAAGCGGCGCACGCUGCUGUGGGAAGUGUUCGUGUACGACGCAUGGCAGAGCCUCACGUUUGGUCGCCCGCCGUCGUUUGGGAUGACGCAUAUAGACACGAAAUUCCCGCUGGACACCGUCAAGAAUGAACGUGGUGAAGUUGAGAUGAACUUCAGCGCGUGGAAACAUCGCUUCUGCGCCGAGUGCCUCAGCGUCAUUCAAGACCAGGCAUUCGGAGCGCAUACGCCAAGCUACCGCACUAUCCAAGAACUGGACCGCAAGGUCCGAACCUUCUAUGUCCCUCCGAGUCUACUCGUGCCCGGCUUCGGUGGCGCGCAGCUUAACGCAGGCGCGCCGCAGCCUUCUAUGCAACUCACGAUGCAGCGAUACAUCGCCUUCGCCAUCCGCGAGAUCACCAUAUUUUACCUUCACCGCGGCUUUUUCGCCACCGCUCUCGAAGAGAACCCCGUCGAUCCGAUGGCGAGCAAAUAUGCCGCCAGCGUGCUCGCGGCAUACAAUAGCGCGCAGUCGUUCGUCGGCCUUGUCACCAGUCUGCACAAACAACAUCCCCGGCUGACGGAGCGCAUGUUCUUUCUAUUCUCCCAUGUGUUCUCGUGCGCGAUCGUCCUCGGCUCUAUCGCGAUGAAGGGACCUCGCAUUCGGAUCGCGCGGUCCGCACAGGCUAACCUCAAUGCGGCCUAUUCGCUGUUCAUAGCGGUUCAGCACAUCCCAAGGAGUGACAAAGUCUUGCCGAUUCUACAAAAGCUCAAAGACCGCGCUCACGCAGCUAUGGGCGACGCAGAGGCCUCGUAUUCUCCUUCGAUUCACGGCCCCUAUCAACCCAGUCACCAAUCAUCUCUCUCGCAUAGCAGCGCAUUUGCUCAAUCGCCGGAGUCUUCUACUUCUACGGUCAAGACAGAAGAGGACGUUGACGAACAGAUAUCGGCUUUGGGCGGACGUUCACGGCUUGUGGCACGCAAGACGUCCUCGAAUCCGUCGUCGCCGUCAAAUACGCACACAGGGUCGGCGUCGCCGCAGUCGGCGCACGGUACGGCCCCUUCGAUGUACAGUGCGUCUCCCGUGCAGCACACGAAGCCGAUGCAGCACACCAGCCCGAAUCCGCACACAAGUCCAAUGCACCACAGCUCCGCCAUGCCGCAUACGAGUCCGAUGCAUACGACCUCGCCAUUGCAGGGCACGGCCCCCCUUCGUUCCUUCCCCGCCUCGCAGCAGAGUUGGCCGCCCUAUGGCUCGCAGAUGCGCCAGCAGUCCGACUCAUACCCGCGGCACGCCGAUCCCUACGGUCAACAACCCCAGCCUGACCCGUAUUGCCAGUCGUCGCAGGCGUCCGGGAUCGAUUACCUUCCGCAGGGCUUCACCCCGCCCGCCGAUCUUCCUCCGCAGACGCCGAAUGACUUCACCUCGCCCACGACGCGCUCAUCGCAGGCCUUCGGCAAUGGGUAUGGCAGUGGAGGCGCAGGGCAGUAUAGCGCUGCGCCAGCCCAGUUCGAUGGCAUGCAGGGCCAGUAUGGCAGCCCGGACGCGCUGUAUAGCGCCGAGCCCUACGGCGGCGUGGGGUCGAACGCGUAUGGCGGGCGCUUCAUGACGCUGGACGCGAUGCCGCAGUACUACGGCUACCACUCGAUGGCGGUCGACGGCGCGCUGGGGGCCGAGUUCAGCGUGCCGGCGGGCCCGGAGCUGGACAACUCGUGGCAGAGUUUGAUGAGCCAGUAUCAGGGGAAGUGAUGCGAGCGGCGAUGUCGUUAAGGUUAUGGUCGGUGGCGGAGAUCGCUUUUGUGGCUGACGGAGAUUUGGGAGGUUAAGGCCGUGUAUUUAUUCUCGUGAUGCGUCGCGUACUGUACGUACAUACCCUGUGGUUCGCGCUUGUCGAGGUUUGGAACUUGGCUGGCGCGCUGCUUGUCGGUCAGGAGCAUCACUUCAGACCCUUUAUAUCCUUUAUGUUAUCUGUUCUCGGGAUCGGUCGCUUUGGAAUCGUCGAGUUGAAUGUACAAGUAUGCAAUUAUAUGAAGUGUUGUCUUUCUCUGCCC